CUCUCCUUCUCCAGUCACCCGCCCGUCUCCUUCUCAGCUUCUGCUCCUUCUCUCUUUUAUCUCAUCCUUCCCACUCUCCGGAACUCUCCUUCACUCCCUCACCUUUCUCUUCACCGACAGCCGCACAACGCUACCGAGAGCUACCAAAUCGCCAUCGAUUCCAAGUAUGUUUGUCUUUCUCCCCAUUCUUCUCUCUGCUUUUCUCCCAUCCACCCAAACACUGUCUUCCCCACCCACCCCUGCCGAUAAUCCCAACCCAGCCCAAACAGGACCAACCCUUAGCGAUGGUUGACGGCGACCUGCUCUUCAGCGACGGUUCUGAAGUUACAUGUUUGAUUCUGGGUUUUCUAUUUAGGGUUUGAGAUUUUUAGGUUAGUGGCUGAUGCAACGUCAGAAAUGGGCAUUGUGGUGAGAAUUAUCAUAGAAUGUGCUAUCUUCCAUCCAUCCAUGUCCUCUUUCUCUCUCUCUCCGAGUCUAAGUUCCUGUAUCCACAUAGUUUCAGAGAUUGAGUUUCUUCGUACUUGAUACACAUAUCUACCUAAGUAUGUCUCAACUUGCUGAAUGAAACCCCCAAUUCAAUUUGAAACGGGUCAUGGCCAUUUUUCUCUACCAACUCACCAGAAGUCUCCUCAUUAGGUUAGUUUCUGAAAUUUGUUAGUGGCCCAUUCAGAGUUAUUAUGUUAAAAAGAUCAAAACUUCCAACCUAUUUGUGUGCAAAUUCCAAGUCUUUGUACAAAGUCUCUAGAUUUACAUAUUUCUCUUCCGAGUCCAAGGGAAAUAGGUUUGACACUGAGUCUGAAUCUGAAACUGAAUGGGAAAAAUUACUUAAACCUUUUGACCUUGAACAGCUUCGAAAAUCACUCAAUAAGAUUACCCCAUAUCAGCUCAAUAAAUUGCUUGAGCUCCCUCUCGAUGUGCCAACAUCCAUGGAGGUAUUCCAGUGGGCGGGUAAGCAGAAGGGAUAUUGCCAUUCAUUUAAUGUGUAUUAUACUUUGAUUGAUAAACUUGGGGCCGCAGGGGAGUUUAAGAUUAUAGAUAGAUUGGUAUUGCAGAUGAAAGAAGAAGGGAUAGUUUUUAGAGAGUCCCUUUUUAUUAUGAUCAUGAAGUAUUAUGGGAGAGCUGAUUUGCCAGGGCAAGCGACUAGGUUGCUUUUGGACAUGAGGAGUAUUUUUUCUUGUGAACCGACAUUUAAGUCUUACAAUGUUGUAUUGGAGAUAUUGGUGGCCGGACAUUGUCCUAAAAUUGCCCCAAACGUGUUCUAUGAGAUGUUGAAUAAGGGUAUCUCACCUACAGUUUUUACAUUUGCCAUCGUAAUGAAAGCACUUUGUAUGGUGAAUGAGGUGGAUUCUGCAUGCUCACUACUCGGAGACAUGACUAAACAUGGGUGUGUGCCAAAUUCAAUAGUUUACCAGACGCUAAUACAUGCCCUCUCUAAGGUUAAUAGGGUGAACGAAGCUCUGAAACUUUUGGAGGAAAUGUUUCUGAUGGGCUGCACACCAGAUGUCAAUUCUUUCAACGAUGUCAUCCAUGGUCUUUGCCGAGCCAAUCGGAUUCAUGAGGCUGCAAAAUUGGUUGAUCGGAUGCUUCUUAGGGGUUUCACCCCUGAUUCCAUAACCUAUGGAGUUCUGAUGCAUGGGUUGUGUCGAACGGGGCAAGUCGAUGGAGCAAGGGCUCUGCUAAACAAAGUUCCUGAUCCAAAUAUUGUCUUGUUUAGUACUCUGAUUAAUGGUUAUGUGACAAAUGGACGGCUUGAUGAAGCCAAAGCUGUACUAAACGAGAGCAUGUCAAAGAUUGGCUGUGACCCAGAUGUUUAUACAUAUAACAUACUAAUUCGUGGUCUUUGCAAGAAGGGGUGUAUGGCUUCAGCUCGUGAAGUUGUGAUAGAGAUGGCAUUCAAGGGUUGCAACCCCAAUGUGAUCACUUACACGAUUUUGAUUGAUGGGUUCUGCAAAGCAGGGCGACUAGAGGAAGCCAGUGAGGUUGUCAAUGAAAUGUCAACUGAGGGACAUGGUCUAAACACAGUGGGAUACAAUUGCCUUAUAUGUGCUCUAUGUAAGGAUGGGAAGGUUGAUGAAGCCUUAGAAUUAUUUGGUGAAAUGUCGAGCAAAGGUUGUAAGCCUGACAUAUUCACUUUUAAUUCAUUGAUUUUUGGACUAUGCAAAGUUGAUCAGAUGGAAGAGGCGUUGGGAAUGUUUCGGGAUAUGUUAUUGGAGGGUGUCAUUGCAAACACUGUAACUUACAACACAUUGAUUCAUGCUUUUCUCAGGAAAGGUGAAAACCAAGAGGCAUUCAAGCUUGUAGAUGAUAUGGUAUUUAGAGGAUGUAACCUUGAUGGCAUUACUUACAAUGGCCUAAUAAAGGCACUCUGCAAAGACGGGGCUGUUGAGAAAGCAAUGGGACUCUUUGAAGAAAUGAUGAGAAAGGGACUUUCUCCCAAUGUCGUAUCAUGCAAUAUUUUGAUCAAUGGAUUAUGUAGAACUGGGAAGAUACAAAAUGCACUGGAGUUUUUAAGGGACAUGAUUCAUCGAGGAUUGACACCUGACAUAGUCACCUAUAACAGCCUUAUAAACGGGCUCUGCAAGCUGGGGCAUCUUCGAGAAGCUCUUAACCUCUUCGGCAAACUACAACUUGAAGGCAUUUCUCCCGAUGCUAUCACUUACAACACUUUGAUCUGUUCACAUUGUAAAGCAUGCAUGUUUGAUGAUGCAUAUGUACUUGUAAAUCGAGGCGUAGCCAAUGGUUUCAUACCUAAUGAUGUAACAUGGUAUAUUUUGGUCAACAAUUUUGUUAAAGAGGGUGAUGUGGAGAGUUAGAUUCUUCAUUAAACUCGGUUUAGUAACCAUGAGGAAGUUAUUG